UACUUGCUUAAGGAAGAAGAUCCGGUCGGUACUGUCGUCGGGAACGUUUCCAGAGACGCCUUCACCGACACCACCCACUCCUUCAACAACUUCACUUUCAAGUUCUUCACUACUCCUUCCAUCGCCAUCUCCAUCGACGAGUUCACGGGCGUUAUUUCAGUGCAGGGAAGAAUCGAUCGGGAAGCGAUUUGUGGGAACAGUGGCGGAACUAUCGGAGGAGAUGUGGCUGUGUAUCCGGUGGAGUUUUUCAGAAUCGUUAAGGUGAUCAUCGUAAUUGAAGACAUCAACGACAACGAUCCAGUGUUCGGCCAGGAUCGGAUCGUUUGGGAGGUAUCGGAAUCGUCGCCGGUAAAUCACACGUCUCUAAUUAUCGGAUCGGCCAUUGAUGCCGAUGUCGGUUAUAACUCGGUUGUCAAAUACGAGAUGACCAAACUCGCGAACGAAGUAACGAAGAAUGGUAUCAAACUCGUCCUGAUAAGACCACUUGACCGUGAGAGCGUGGAGGAGUACUUCAUCAGAAUCGUGGCCUACGACGGCGGGUCGCCAGUUCGUUCGGGAGCUGCCAACAUCACUGUAGUGGUCAUCGACGCCAACGACAAUAAGCCGAACUUUGAAUUCAACAGCUACGAAGUGAGCACCGUUGAAAACACGCCCAUCGAAUCGACCAUCGCUCGAGUGACUGCCCACGAUCCUGACGCCGGUCCAAACGGUCAAAUCAGUUACCACCUUGGUCCUAGUAGUCAGGCAAGUUAUGGGGAUGUCUUUCGAGUUGACGAGCUGAGUGGAGAAGUUAUUGUCGUCGGUAACGUCGAUUACGAGCGAGGUUCUGAGAAUCGGUUACUGAUCAUUGCCAUCGACGGCGGAAGCGAACCUCUAAGUUCCGAAACGACUGUAAUUAUAAAAGUUGAGGAUGUGAACGAUAAUGCGCCGCAGAUCGUUGUCAACUCGUUAGCGGCUUCAAAUGCACGUGUAGCUGAAAUUGAGGAGAAUCAAAAAACGGGAACAUUCGUGUGUCACGUGACUGUUAAUGAUAUUGAUAGUUCAACUUCCGGCAGAUUUUCAUGUUCGUUGAUUGAUGGAAGUGUUGGAAGCGAUGGUGACGAUUAUGAUGAUGGAGAGUAUCACAUCGUCAGCAAUCAAGUAUUUGACAGAGAAAGCAGUCCAACCCAGGUCAUUUUGAUCAAGUGCAAGGACCAAGGGGAACCAGCACAGACCACUAUUAAGAAGAUUACAGUUAACAUUCUAGAUGUUAACGACCAUGCUCCUGUCUUCUUAAAUUCAUUUUAUGAGACCGAUAUCACGGAGAACAAUUUGAUUGGGGCUGAAGUCGAAGUAGGACAACUAGCCGCCAUCGAUCCAGACGAACCGCCCAACAAUCAUUUCAGAUUCAGUUUUAAGCAGACAUCCAACCUGGCAUUUAUUCCAUCCGAGUACUUCAGGCUGGAUGGCAUCACGGGCAGGAUAUCGGCCCUGGUCUCAUUCGACAGGGAGGCCACACCUCAAUUCUCCUUCCAGGUCAUCGUGGCAGACGCUGUCAGCGAGAAGAUGUCCAACGUGGCCACAGUGUACGUCAGCAUCCUUGACGUCAACGACUGCACACCCGUCUUCACCUUCCCGAGUUCCUCCAACCACACGUUGCAUGUGUACAGCAAUGCCAGACGCGACAAACUGGUGGCCAUCAUAACGGCUUCUGAUGAUGACGAAGGAGCCAAU